GAGGACCUUGGGUUCCGGUCCCGGCUCAACCUCAGAUUGCGGUGAGCGGCCAGGAUGGGCUUCUCGGCCGCGGCCCGGCUGUGGGGCCCGCCGGGGCUGCUCCUGACCUUCGUCCUGCACCCGGCUCUGUGCCUGCGCCCAGCCCAGACCUCGGCGCCCCGUCACCGGGACUACUGCGUCCUGGGCGCGGGGCCCGCGGGCCUGCAGAUGGCCUACUUCCUGCAGCGGGCCGGGAGGGACUACGCGGUGUUCGAGCGCGCCCCGCGGCCCGGCAGCUUCUUCACGCGCUACCCGCGCCACCGCAAGCUCAUCAGCAUCAACAAGCGGCACACGGGCAAGGCCAACGCCGAGUUCAAUCUGCGCCACGACUGGAACUCUCUGCUCAGCCACGACCCCCGGCUGCUCUUCAGACACUACUCCCGCGCCUACUUCCCCGACGCGGGCGACAUGGUGCGCUACCUGGGCGACUUCGCAGACCGGCUGGGGCUCCACGUGCUGUACAACACAACCAUUGCCCACGUCACUCUGAACAAGGACCGGCAGGCCUGGAACGGCCAUUACUUCAUCCUGACCGACGGGAUGGGUCACGCACACCGGUGCAGUGUGCUUCUUGUGGCCACCGGUUUGUCAGUCCCCAACCAGGUUGACUUCCCUGGCUCUGAAUAUGUAGAGGGGUACGAGUCUGUGUCCGUGGACCCCAAGGACUUCGAGGGUCAGAAUGUGCUGAUCCUGGGGCGUGGGAACUCUGCCUUUGAGACAGCAGAGAACAUCUUGGGUGUCACCAACUUUAUCCACAUGCUGAGCCGCUCCCGGGUCCGACUGUCAUGGGCCACCCACUACGUAGGAGACCUCAGGGCCAUCAACAAUGGCCUGCUGGACACCUACCAGCUGAAGUCCUUGGAUGGGUUGCUUGAGUCCGACCUGACGGAUCUGGCUGUCGUGAAGGACCGCGAGGGCAAAUUCCACGUCACCCUGAAGUUCUUCCUGGAGGAAGGCAACCAGAGUGCCGACGCCAUCACCCUCCCCCAGGACGACAGCGACAACUUUGCCAUGCGCGUGGCCUACGACCGGGUCAUCCGCUGCCUGGGCUGGAACUUCGACUUCUCCAUUUUCAACAAGUCCCUCCGACUGUCUUCUGGGGGUGAGUUCAGCAAGAAGUACCCGCUGGUCAAAGCUAGCUAUGAGUCCAAAGGAAGCCGGGGCCUCUUUGUGCUGGGCACCGCCAGCCACUCUGUGGAUUACCGGAAGUCUGCCGGGGGCUUCAUUCAUGGAUUCCGAUACACAGUGCGUGCUGUUCACCGCCUGCUGGAGCAUCGCCACCACAGCGUCGCUUGGCCCUCCACCCAGCACCCCAUCUCACAGCUGACCAGUUCCAUCGUCCGGCGCGUGAACGAGGCUUCUGGGCUCUACCAGAUGUUCGGUGUGCUGGCCGACGUUGUCCUGUUGAAGGAGAACGCCACGGCAUUUGAGUACCUGGAGGAGUUCCCCAUGCAGAUGCUGGCCCAGCUGGAGACCAUUACAGGAAGGAAGGCCAGGCAUGGGCUCUUCGUCAUCAACAUGGAGUAUGGCAGAAACUUCUCUGGCCCCGACAAGGACGUGUUCUUUUAUGACCGGUCUGUGGGGCACACGGAAGACGCCUGGCAGUCUAACUUCCUCCAUCCCGUCAUCUACUACUACAGGCACCUCCCCACCGAGCAGGAGGUGAGGUUCCGCCCUGCUGACUGGGCCCUGCCUCGGCCCACCGCCAUCCACCACAUUGUGGAAGAUUUCUUGACAGACUGGACCGCCCCGGUGGGGCACAUCCUACCUCUGAGGCGCUUCCUGGAGAACUGUUUGGACACCGAUUUACGAAGCUUCUAUGCAGAAUCCUGCUUCCUAUUCACCCUAACACACCAGAAGCUGCCGCCCUUCUGCCAGCAGGGGUACCUGAGAAUGCAGGGGCUCCUGGGGACUGAGAGCCUCUGGCGGCACGGAGUGGAGAGCGGGCUCCUCCGGGACUACACCAUUGUGGGCAGGCGCCGUGAGGACCAGGGCCAGGGGCCACUAAGUAGCUCCCAGGCCCCAGGGCCUCCGGUCCAGCCCCUCGACAGCAACAAGGAGGAGCUGUGACCGCCAGGUGGCUCCCAGCCAGCCCUCUGUUCCACCGACGCAUGGUUACCAGAGACCACUCAGAUCAUCACGGUGACCAAGGCCACUCUGAGGGGUGGCCAUGCAGUGGUCUCCCCUCUGGUCUGGUCCUUGGAUGCCUGGGAGGCGGGAUCCUGAGAAGGGUAUCCUCUGCCAGGUGGGAGCCGCCUUCCACAGCCAGGCUUGUCUGCAAGUGAACUGUCACUGGGCACCAGGCUGGCUCGGUUCUGUCCCCAUCAAGUGCCCAGCGGUCCCAUUUCCUUCGGGUCUACUCGUCGG